UGAAAAAUUAAACAUAAAUGCGGCGAUAAUUCUUUCUCUUUAAUCACUUGAAUUAACUAAAUCUUUGUUUCGUUGAAGUUUUGACCCGGUGGGGGUCAUUGGUCGAUUGGACUCAAAGAGUCUACUACAUUCUUUGCCAACGCCUAGACACAUAAAAAUUAAAGCGAAAUUAUCUGAACUAGCGGAUUACGUUAUAAACAAUGCUUCAUGCAAAAAUUAAAUCAGCCUGAAAUGAACACUGAAUCAAGUGACACAAUCCAAGAUCAUGAAGAUGAAGACAAGGAUACAGAGGAAGAAAAGAAGGAAAUUAUACAGAAAAGUGCAGAAAGUGACAAUGACACAUCCUCAGUGAAUUUAAGCACAGACACAAAAUUAGAGGAGGAUACAGAGAAAGAUGAAAAAGACAGAGUGAAAGAUGAAAGCACACCGGAUCACAGUCAGACAAAUGGAGAUAAAGACAGUGACAUUCCUGUAACCAGUGUGGCAGAUGCAGAUUCUGGUGUGAAAAAGACCAUCACACCCCCCACAACCACAACAUCACACCUGUACACAGUAUUAAUGGCCCCCCUUGAUGGGCGGAGUCCAUUAUACAAAAAAUGGACAACACACUCCAGUUGCAACGAAGAUUCAGAUGAUGUACCAAAGAAGAAAGUCCGACUGGAUGCACCCAGCUCUGGAGAGGCCAGCAACAGACCAGACGAUGGGGCGGUUGCUGAUACUCUGGGCACCAAACAAGGGAUAAAUUCACUCAGUUCUGUAGGCAUGGACCUCUCCAAAAAUCAGAAGCGGAAACUUAAGAAAAGAAGAAGAAAGCAUUUGUUAGGCAAACUGGAAAUUCAGAGAGCUAAGGAGUUCAUCUAUUCAGGAGAAAACGAACAAUACAGCAUAGAAAAGUUGCGUACCAUGAUCGAAGAUGUAACAGAAUUCCUUGAUGCUAUUUGGGAUGUUUACUGUAGUGAAGCAAGACUGAAAGGAGAGAGUGUUGAAGAGGAGGGCUACAGGGCUGCAGCCGUCCUCAAGUGCCUGAGCGCAUCUGGUGAAGGGAGCUGGACUGACCUGCAGCUCUUGAGCCGUGCCAAGUCAGUUCUGGUGCUGCGCAGCAAAACUAUGGCCGCAUCUACCAUUGCACGAGUGGAAAAUGAAUUGGGCUAUGAUCCAGAUAUCCGGGCCUUCAUAGUAAGGAUGUUAAGAUUCUGGAUGGACGAGAUUGUCACAAAAGGAUGAAAUACAAACAUAUCGAUAUGAUCAGGUUUUUUUAAGUUUAUAGAUGCAGGCUUCACAAAGAGAUGCGUUUGUCAUGUUAACCUGUUUGGAGCGACACAAUGCAAGAGAUUAUGAUGACUAUUAAUGUAUAUGGGUUUUUCGAGACUUUCCCAAUUGUGUCCCCUGCUUUGCUGUUUCUUAUCACCACCAACAGGUGCUUCCUUCAUCAUCUGUGACAAGUGCAUUUAUUACAUUUCCCAUGCCUAGCACGAGGUGGGUUUUUUUUUUUGUUUUGUUUUUUUUUUUUUUUUUUUAGAAACAAGUUCAGGAGCUCUAAUUGCGGGAUAGAGACCCUCAAGAUUGUAUUCUGUACUGCAAGUUAUUAUCUUUCUCCUCAGAACCUGCAUUUUGCUUGUUUUGUGCUUUGGAAGCUUGCCUUGAGCUUCACCUUCAUCUGUGCAUUCUGGUCUAGUUGCCAGCAGUUUAAGUUACGUAGACCUCUUUUCAAAGAAACUUUAGCAUAACAAAAGUUUUAUUGUUUACCUUCCUAGUGGAUUAUGUUAUUGCAAUCACAGAGGAAAACAGCCUUUGGUCCUCCAUUUCUUACUUGCCAAUUUGCUAAGUUUAGUAAAUUGUUAGGCAAAAAAAUAGCUGCAGGUAAAAAUAUCUCUCUUAGAAGAAAAGUAGAUUGGUGUUUGUUUUGCAUAGGGUGGAACUACAUACUGGUAUUAUUUUCUAGCACAGCAUCAUGUUUUGCACUUCUUUCCUCUCAUCCAACAAAAUUUUUUGUCCCCACAAGUGGAUUCAGACUGUGGGGCUCAAGGCUCAUCUGUUGUUUUUUAGCAUCUCCAAUAUCUGUGUGGUAUGGUUAAAAUGGGUAAAUACAAAUGAGAGUGCUACACAAGGCUGCUUUAAACACUGAUUUACAUACAAAGCAUAAUUGAAAGUUAUUGCAAGAAACCUUUAAUGGUGGAGCAUGGAAAUAAGUAUGGUUCAGACCUUGUGCUUCACAAGAGCAGACUUUUCAACCAUUGUGACAGAAAGUGUUUGCACCCAUAUUUUCAGCUCAAGUGGCAGGAAGUAAGCUGGGUGUACUUAGUGUGCAAAAUAUUGCAAAAUAUCUUUGUUUUCAGAUUAUUUCUAAAAUGCAAGGCAGAGUUGUAGUCUUCACUAAGCAUAUACUUUCAGUUAUAAACAGUUUUGGCAAAAAGGCCAAAGUAUUAUCUCACCACUAAACUGAGUCACUAUUGCUCAUUAUCUAUUUCAACUGAGAACUACUUUCAAUGGGUUAUUCAAGUGUUGUAUUAACAUUUAGGCAUUUUAGGUUUACGUUAGUUAAUUUUUAGAUGUUGGUUUGAUGAUUAGAAUAGCCAAUUUCAAAGAACUUUUUCUUCACUAGACUGUUGUGUUCAUUCUUUAUGUGGACUGUUGUAUGCAUUCAAGUCCUUGGUUUGAAACCAGGUGGACUUUGCACCUGUUUAUGAUGGGAAAUGAAAGGGUGGCAGUAAGACUUUUAUUUAUAUAUAGAUGGUUUCUCAGUUUCAGAGAGAACAGUUUUGCUCAUCAAUAAACUCUUAAUAUCUUGCAAGGCUUUAGGGGCUGCGGAAUAUUCCCUGUAACACCUGUCUUAUUACUUGAUACCUGCAGCUUUUCAUGCAAGCAUUUCAAUAGUGAGCAGUGGAGUUCAUAACUGCUGCAUAAUUCAUCUAGACAAAUAUUUCAUCUAUCAUUUUUUCAUGGCGCUAAUUAGUCCAGGUGCAGGUCUCUACAAAUCUGUUGGUACUUUUCUACAAGGUCAGUAUUGGGCAAAACAUUGUGUCCUUUACUUGACAUGUAGAUCCUGGCUAAAAUAUGCCGCCAAAAAACAAUGGACGCACAUAUUUUGUUGAAGAAAUUUUAUAAAGAUAUGAUUUGUCAUUUCCACUUAUUGCUUUUCCUUUUAAAUAUGUUCUACUUUUACUAGAACCAGAUGGCUUAUAGAAGUUUCUUCCAGCCAAUAUGCAAAUUCACGGCUUUGAGACUUCUAUCCCUGUACAUCUUUAUCAGUUUAUUAGCUGUCCAACAUACUCAUGGUGACCACAAAGUCCGGUUGCCCAUUUGUUUUCUGUUAAAUAGAACUUGGUGGGCUCGCACUUACGAUUUUACUAAAUAGUACUUUGAAUAAUCUAGAAGCACAAUGUUUUCCUUGUUAUUUUCAUAGCUCAUUGCAAAUUCCCAAUUUUGAGCUCAACAUUUUUGUUUCUGUCUUUUGUGUUUGUCAGCUAAAGUAUUUUUAAUGUUUCUGUCCUUGACAAUCUUAUCCUCUGAAUGUCCCAUAGCACAACUGAUCCCUGUCACCAAUCCUGUGAAGAUCGGCUGUCUAGGGUUCAACUCUCGUCUUCGGCAUUCUGUUCUUUCUCUGCAUGUGGUACCUGUUCACCUGGCCAGCUGCUUUGGCAUGAUGUAGUCAAUUGCUGGCUCAGCAUAAAAAAAAAAUCAAUUUUACCUUCACCCUCCAAUCCUCUAAAAUUGACUGCUGACUCUUUACCACCAUCAUCAUUGCUGCCUCCAUGCAGGCAAAUGCCCUUUCUUAAUCUGCUUUUGUGAAUCUGACAGUUUCCACUUCCGCACAUGUAUCAGCUGUGUGCAAGAUUGUGUACCAAGAUUUGUUUCUGCUUGUUAAUUUUCUUUUAAGGAUGAUUCUGUAGUUGUUUGGUUUGUGCAAACAUUUUUUUAAGCAGGUCGCAAAUUUGAAGCCUGUGUUUCCCAGAGCUAAAAAAAAUAAAUGCUGUCCACUCGGCGGCAAAUGGUUGGCUGAUUUGUCAGGGAAGGCACAAGAAAAUAGAAUGAAAAUGAACUCAACUUUGUAUAUACCGGGUGCUAAACCUAGAGAACCACAUGAAAUGUUUUGCCCUUAAAGCAGCUACAUCUUUGGUCUAUGGUCUUUACCUUUUAAUUCAUUCUGUAGAGACUUUUCUUCAUUGGGUAGUUUGUGCCCUUAUUGAUAGUCUCUUCAGAAUCCUAAGCAUAUUUGUAACUUCUCUACAGUAUAUUUUGUUAACAACACCUGUGCCUGAAACCACAGUAUUUAUAAGAAGCUGGAGGUUUGCUUUCCGUUGCCACAUCUCCUCCUGUCAGUUAAUCUUCGUGAAAUUUUUUUUUUCUUCAUUGAAGUUGAUCUCAGGUUUGUUUUUUGCUAGUUCAGUUUGACUAUUCAUGGCUCACUGUUGUAAGCUACCAUGUUGCAUUUUGCAGAAAUUUUAUCAGGAAUGGUUGUUUGAUUAUUAACAUUCAUUUCUGGUCAGGAUUUUGAUAUUGGGAGUUGGCAUUGUAAGCUAAUAGUCUGAUCAUCAAGGCAUACUUGCAGCAAGUAUUUUAUCAGAAAAAUUACACACCUCUUGUGUGCUUGACAUGUGAGUCAGCGUAUUACAAGGGGCUUUAAAAAAAUACCAUGAGCAAAUAUCAGUAGUGCUGUAAACCUGAAUAAUAAUAACCACCGUGACAAAUUUUCCUUGCCAGUAGGGGUUUGGCCUCCAAAAUCUGAAUGGAAUGCAUGGGUCACAUUUUCUAUGCCAGAUAUUAAAGUGAAAAAUUAUUAAGCUGUCUUUGGGUAGCCCUUGGUUUUGGGAGUAACUUGAUGUGUCAAAUCCAUCAGACUAGACAUGUGCUAGUUGAAAGAAAUCGGUGCUAUAUAUUUAUCCACUUUGGGUUGCAUAUUUGCCAGAGACCUUCCAGCUGCACUUGAAAUGUCUCAGUCUUCACAAUAGACCAUCACCUAGUUUGAAACUUUGCCAUCCUCACUAAAGGUCCACUUCUCCUACAGCACAUUACAAUUUCAUGUGAAGUUUUUGCAGUUCAUGGUUCAUUGAUAUUUCUUUUUUUUUUAGUAUGCACUUCAUUUUUUUAAUAAGUUUUAGGAGUAUUCUUCUGAAAGUAUUGUAGACACAUAGAUAAUAGACAUUUUAAUGUUUCUGCAAUGAGUAAAUGAUGAUAAUGAUAAUCAGAGAACUUAUAUAGUGCUGCUCCUCAAAGUCAGGCUCAUGGCGCUUUACAAAAACCUACUUAAACAUUUACUAACUGAAAACUGAUCCAUGUGUCAACACCCCCUCCCCAAUAAAUGUAUUUAUUAAAAAAAAAAACCUUUAACAUGUGAAAGCAUCUGUUCGUCCAUACUGUGCACCUUCAAAGCACACAGACUGGAAUAAAAAUUUCACAACUUACAUAAUACAGUAUCUAACAGAAUGGUGUUUCAGCUGGUAUUUUAAGGCAUCGUCAUUGUAUUAACUUGUUUGAUAUGGACAUAUCGAUGCAAUUGAGCUGUAGCUAUGAAAACAUUCCCAUUCACAGUGCAAACUGUAUAGAAAGAGUUAAAACAUUUUAGAGCUUGUCCUGUGUAACUGUAGCAGUCUCUUUUGUUCAGUAAAACAGAUUCUACAGCGUUAAUAACUAGGUGCAAAAUGAAAUUGCUGUUUUAUGGGUUGGGGGGGCGGGAAUUGGUAUUUCCAGAACCUUUUGGUCAUUGGGGUACAUUUCUUGUGGGCCAACUUUAUUGUGAGUGUGGUGCCCACCUCCUUUUCUUCCCCAUCUUUCCAUCCCUUCCAACCUACAUGGGGACAAGUACCCAUUCAACAGGUGGGUCACCUUGGGGAGUGUAUUUUGUGCCUCAAGGGGUAUCAAACCGGCUAAUGUGCACACCUCAGGCCUUGGAUACUGAUGCUUUAACCACUUGGCUAUCACUUUCCCCAGCUAUAUGUAGUAUAUGUGCAUAAGAUGCAUUUACGAGAAAAAGAUGCUUGAAAUACUGUUUGAUUAGUAGACGUUAGGAAGACAAUAGCAGGCGCAAUAUACUUUUCAUUGCUUUCAGAAAGCUCUGUCAAGAAACUUUCAGAAGUGAGCCACUCAUGUAUACAUCUUUUUUUUGUAGAUGUGGGUUUUUUCCAAGUGGAUAUGUGAUAAUGGGUUGUUUUUUCUUUUAAUUUUCAAGGUACAAGUCUGAAAAGGACUCUGCAGGUUCAUCACACUCUCAAUAUUUUUUUUUACAUCUGCAUUAGGUUGAGAUGUAGAUCUGGGAUUUAAUACCUGGAUUUCAGUGGUAUUAAUCUAAACUGGCUGCUUUUACAUCAUAUUGAUAUUAACACCACAAUCUAGCUUACUAAUUCCUCCAUCUAAACUGCUUGUUCAUUGUGUAAAACUGUAAGUAGGGUUCACCAGCUUUGAUGGGCAGUUUAAAGGCCAAACUUUCACCAUCUGGCAGGAAAGAAUGGUUCGACCCAGAGGUGGGAAGUGAUGGUACUUGACUGAAGCAGUUUAAGUUGAAUACUCACAAAACAAAAGUUUCAAAGCACUCACAUUCUAUACAGGCCACUGUUACACCAAACCCCUAAGUCUUGUUUAAUUACACCAAUGCCUCAGUAAAUCUGAAAUUUUUAAGCACUGUUAUUUUUUUUUUUUAUUUGGUCUGUGUAGCAAAGAUUUCUCCAAUUUUUAAAUUAUGUCUUGGAAAUGGUUUUAUUAUAUGCUAUCAUAAAAUAUUACAACAUUGAGAAGAGUUAACAGGUGGAGAAGCCACCCAUGACAUGGUUACUGGUCCAUUUUGAGGAAAAAUUUAACCACCAUGCAUGUAUAUUUGAAACAAAAUCUAUACUCUAGUUAUCUAUUUGCUUUUGUGACUGUUCUUAUCUCGGAGCUAUUGAAGAUAAAUUGAUGGCUACAGAUGCAUGUUUAGGAGUUUGAAUGUGCGUGCAUGUGUGAAAUGGGAGCUUAUUCACUAUUCACCACUGGAACAAACAAGAUGUACUGACUUGUUUCAGUGGCUAACAUGCAGGAACUUCCCACAAUUCUAAUGUACAACAGUUUACACAAGAUAUUGUUUAUGCCAAUACAUUUUUAAGUGCCAUAUUUUACAUUCAUUGUUAUAAAUAGCUUAUGCUUUGUCAUGUUAAUGUAGAAAGUUGUCAUACAAUAGGAACUUAGUCUGCGUUUGCACACUCUGUAUCACUUUAGUAUAUUGGGUAUUAUUGUGCCAUGUACUUUGUGCUCUUCACAUCAGUUUGUUUAGGUACCUGGUGUGCUUGGAUAUUUAUAUUUAUCCUGGUUGCUCUAAUCCAUACAACUAUAACUGUGCAAGAAUAACUGCUACAAUAAGCUUAUUAGACCAUUUAGGAUCUUGCAGUCAUUGUAUCCUUUUUAGGUGGAGUGACGUUAAAGGCACAGCUCUGUAAUGAAACUUGUUUGAAGGAGUUGUGAUGGAGGGCCCGUAAGUGUAAAUUUGUGCGCUGAUUUUUGAAAUGUUACAGGUUUGGGUGGAUAUUGCUGUUGACACUACUAUGUUACUGCAUGUAUGUUUCAGACAUCAUAAAAGUCUCCCACCACCUCAUACAAAUGAUCACUCUUUAUAGUGCACAGUGAUUUUCUGGCCUUGGAACUUUUUUUUUUUUUAAAACCAAGAACACUAUCGUCUUUUUUAGAUAAAAAGUAAAAAAAUUUUAGAUAAUAAAGUUUUUAUUUCAAGAAAAUGA